CACCAAUUCCCAUCAACACAGCCAUCAUCAUGACUUGCGAAGCCUGCCGUACCAUCCCCCCCGUCAUCGCCGUGGGAUACACCCCCAAGGGCACCUACUCGGAGAUUGCCGGUCUGAAGACCUACGUCACCGGCUCGCCCGACGCCCGCGUCGGCCUGGUCGACAUCUACGACAUCUUCGGCCUCUCCAGCCAGACCCUGCAGGGCGCCGACUUGCUGGCAGCCCGCCUGAACGCCGUCGUGCUCAUCCCGGACUUUUUCAAGGGCGCCGCCGCCCACCACGACUGGCUGCCCCCCAACACCGACGAGAAAAUGGCCGCCCUGACGGCGUUCAUGACCAACAGUGCCUCUAUCCCGGACGCCGUGGUCGUGCUGGGCAAGGCGAUCGAGGAGUACCGUGCCCGCUUCCCGUCGGCGAAGAAAUGGGGUGCUUUUGGUCUGUGCUGGGGUGGAAAGGUCACCGUUCUGCUGUCCGGUCCGGAUUCCCCCUUCAUUGCGUCGGGCCAGGUUCACCCCGGACGCAUGGACGCCGAAGACGCCAAGAAGGUGACCAUCCCCCACAUCGUCCUCGCCUCCAAGGACGAACCCGCCGACGUGGUCAAGGCAUACUCGGAAAUCAUUGCCGGCAACGGCGUCGGAGGCCACGUGGAGACGUACGAGAAGAUGUGGCACGGCUGGAUGGGGGCGCGCGCGAACCUCGAGGGCGAGGAGAGCCUGGCGGAGUACAAGCGCGGGUACAACCAGCUGGCCGACUUCUUCGAGAAGCACCUGGAGAAGGCGGAUGCAAAGAUCUAAGCAGCGACGGCGCGGUUACGGUAGCGGAUGAUGGUCCUCUGAG